CCCUGUCAUGGGACAACCCAACAGCCCUGUCAUGGAUCAACCCAACAGCCCUGUCAUGGGCCAAUCUAACACCCCUGUCAUGGGCCAAACCAACACCCCUACCAUGGGUCAACAGUCUCAUAUUGAUGCUAACACCCCUAUGAUAGAUCCCACAACAAAGAAUAGACAAAAUGAUAUUUCUCUGUCAGUGAAUGAAAAUUUGGGGAAUAUUAGCAAAACUACUGAGAAUCUUUCACUUAUGUCUUUUGAGCAACAUGAACUUUCAUCUAUGGAAGUUUCCGUCACUCUAAAUAACAGUGAAAAGCCAAGUAAUAGUGAACAGACAUCAAUAUGGAAUACUCAGACUCAGGACAGUACUGAUGUUGAUAAAUAUCAUAAUCAAAAGGAAUUUUCCUCAGGGGAAAUUUCCAUUCCUCAGGACAAUGGAGAAAAGCCAGGUAGAAUUGAACAAACCUCAGUUUGGGAGUCCCAUGAAAGCACGGGUGUGAGAGAAAAUUCAGGGGAAAUUUCCAUUACUCAAAACAAUACUGGUAACCUUAGAAAUUCUUGUGAUAGCACAAAUGCUAGAGAAAAUACAAAAGACAAUGACUCUACUGAACAUUCUAAUGGGAGUAGGACUCUAAAACUGAAUCCUGUUGUUGACAUUAAGAUAGAUGAUAAUACCCAGCCUAGGGAUAAUAACACUGAUGUUCAACCUGGUAACACUGCAAAGGCACCAAGGAAUGUUUUCCAGGCAGGGCAGGGAAAAGAUAAGCGGCCAGGACUCCGCGCUAGAAUCAAUGAAAUGAGAGAUAGUGACAACAGGAGAAAACUUCAAGAGGUGAUAGUGACUGUGCCUCCCGCAACAUGGGACUCUGGUUCUGAAGAGAAUCUACCAGUUUCAGGCCAACCAAAGUCUAAAGUUGAUUCUGGGAAGAUGUCUAGUGCUGUUACCACGGGAACCAUAAGAAAGAAAGCUGCUAAAGAAAUGUAUAAGAGAACAGAAAGGCUCUAUAACCAAUUGGAAGAUGUUAAAGAGAAGAAACAGGUCCAAGAAAGAGUCAAACAGUACAAGGAGAACAGAGAAAAGGCAAAACAAUUUCACAAUAAAGUUCAAAAAGCUUUAAAACGAAAAUCUGUGGAAAGAAAAGAUGGCCUAAGUAGCAAACCCUAGUUGUUAUAGAGAUGAUGAGCAUUCCAUUGAUAUGCUUACCAAGAAAAUUAUUUAUUGUGGUACAAGGACAUGUUGUACAAUGAAGUAGAACUGUACACUUGACUUGGCCAAAUGUAGGCUACUGUAUAUGAGAUUAUUUUACUUAAGUUGAAUGUGUGAUUAGUUAAUUAUAUGAAUAAUAUAUAAAUUAAAA